GGAUUUUUAGCUCCUGGAGAAAUUGAUCCCCUGAAUCGUAGGUUUUCUACUGUGCCAAAGCCAGAUGUGGUGGUUCAAGUGUCCAUUCUAGCUGAAACAGAAGAAAUCAAGGCCAUUUUGAAGGACAAAGGAAUUGAUGUGGAGACCAUUGCCGAGGUGUACCCUAUCAGAGUACAGCCAGCUCGUAUUCUUAGCCACAUUUAUUCCAGUCUAGGAUGCAACAGUAGAAUGAAUCUCAGUGGACGACCCUACAGGUUCAUGGGUGUGCUUGGAACAUCAAAACUCUAUGACAUCCGCAAAACAGUCUUCACUUUCACUCCACAGUUUAUAGAUCAGCAACAGUUCUACCUGGCUCUGGACAACCAGAUGAUAGUAGAAAUGCUUAGAACAGAUCUGUCCUACCUCUGUAGCCGCUGGAGGAUGACAGGCCAGCCCACCAUCACUUUCCCCAUCUCACACACCAUGCUUGAGGAAGAUGGAACCAGCUUGAAUUCAAGUAUUCUGGCAGCACUCCGAAAAAUGCAGGAUGGCUAUUUUGGUGGGGCAAGGAUCCAGACAGGUAAAUUGUCAGAGUUUUUGACAACAUCUUGCUGCACACACUUAAGCUUCAUGGACCCUGGACCUGAGGGUAAGCUGUACAAUGAAGAUUAUGAUGAAGACUAUGAUGAGCUGGAAUCUGGCAACUGGAUGAUGGAUAGCUAUGAUUCAACAAGUAAUGCUCGCUGUGGUGAUGAAGUUGCUCGUUACUUAGACCACCUUUUGGCACACACUGUUCCCCAUCCUAAACUAGCUCCUACCUCACAGAAGGGAGGGCUAGAUCGGUUCCGAGCUGCUGUGCAAACAACUUGCGACUUAAUGUCCUUGGUGACCAAGGCCAAGGAGCUGCAUGUACAGAAUGUUCACAUGUACCUUCCUACAAAGUUAUUUCAGCCUUCUCGCCCUUCAUUCAAUUUACUUGACUCGCCUCAGUCUCCACAAGAUAACCAGGUUCCUUCUGUUCGUGUAGAGGUACAUCUUCCUAGAGACAAAUCUGGGGAAGUGGACUUCCAGUCGCUGGUUUCACAGUUGAAGGAGACUUCAAGCUUACAAGAGCAAGCUGAUAUACUCUACAUGCUGUACUCAAUGAA